AUGUCUAAUUCAGACUCUUCAGAGAACCUACUUUUUUCGAAGGAUCUCGAUCCCAUCUCCGAUGCACUUCCAGAGGAAGCGUCAAACUCCUCAAGUCACCGUCGCCUCAGUUCUCGUCUGAGCGCCCGCAGCGGCUCUCGCACAGCAGAGGCAGAAUUCCUCGUCGCCCAUCUCCGGAAGCAGGGCAUCACCCCAGCCCCAGAUCUCCUGCUUUCCCAGCUCCGUGAGCUGUCGGACCAAGCCUCCGGUGCGGUCUCCCAGCCCAGCAGCUCCAGCCAGCCCCCCCGGAAGAGGGCUCACUCCAGCGCCGCUCACUCCAGCGCCGCUCAGCCCGGGUGCUCCGGCACUCAGCCCCUCUUCGAUGGCAGCCUAGCCAACACACUGCAAUCUCUGGCAAGUUCUAUGCUGCUAAUCGACGCUCGCCUUCAGUCCAUGGAGAGAGGCCAGGCCGGAGCUUCAACCUCUUCGGCGGCCCCGCCGGGUCAGGAUUUUGCAUUUGGCAUGGUAGUUCCUUCUCACUCUCUGGCUUUCGCCCUCCCGGCUCCUCCCUCAGGGCUCUCUCAAGGGUUCAGGGUAGGGGUCCUUUCUCCCACCUCAGUGACUUUAGUGGCUAAAAACCUGCAGUCAGCCGCCAAAGAACCCACCAUAGUCUCUCAGCUCAUUCAAAAAGAGCUCAACAAAGGAUAUUUAAUCGGUCCUUUCCAUUCCUCUCCGUUCCCAGUGUUCCGGACAAGCCCAAUAGGGGUCGCUACACGCACAUACUCCGAGAAGAAAAGGCUCAUUUUCGAUCUGUCCGCUCCUCGCGCUGGUCCGUUUUGCAGCAUUAAUAGCCUUAUUCCCCCAGAGUAUUUUUCGCCAGUCGAUAAUGCCAUCAAGCUUAUCAAAUUUGCAGGGCAAGGAGCGUGGCUCACCAAAGCAGACAUCACCGACGCGUUCAAAAUAAUUCCCAUUCACCCAUCUCAGUGGCACAUGAUCGGUAUCAGGUGGGAGUCCAAAUUCUACUUCGCUGUCCGUUUAACCUUCGGGUGCAGAAGUAGCCCUUGCAUCUUUAAUUCUUUUUCCGAAGCCUUCUGCUGGAUCCUCCUGAACAUCGUCAGAAUCCGCUCUGUCCUUCACUUAUUGGACGAUUUCCUCCUCAUAGAUCCCCCUCGGGACAACUCAGGCGCCUCUUUAGCAAAACUCAAACUAUGCUUUCAGGAGUUAGGUGUUCCCCUCUCAGAAGAGAAAACGCUAGGUCCCACCACACGCCUGGAGUUUUUGGGCAUUACACUCGACUCUGUAGACAUGGAAGCGUCUCUCCCCACGGACAAACUGCAGCGCAUUCACGACAUCUCAAAAGCCUUCUGCGAGCAAAAAGUUAUCACCAAGCAGCAGCUGCUCUCCCUGCUCGGGCACCUCAACUUCGCCAUGCGUAUCAUCCCGGGGCGCUCUUUUAUUUCCCGGCUCCUGGAUACAGCGUCGGCUGCAGAAAACCUCCAUGACCACGUCUUCCUAGAUGAAGGCUGCCGCUCAGACCUGCGGUUUUGGUCCCUCCUGCUCGCACACUGGAAUGGCGUCACCUUCUUCUACGACGACCUCGUGUACUCCUCCGACUCCAUGAGAUUCUUCACGGACGCUGCCCCAUCCGUGGGUUUUGGGGGUUUCUUCCAGGGAGAGUGGUUCGCAGGCUCGUGGCCUCCGUCAUUCCCCAGCCAUGCCUCUUCCUCCGCUCUGCAUGAGAUCUUUCCGAUCGCUGUUGCCUGCCACGUGUGGGGUCACCUCUGGCCCCGGAAGCGGAUCUCAGUACUCUGUGACAACCAAUCAGUGGUCGGGAUUAUUAAUAAAGCGCGCUCCCCGUGCCGCGACAUCAUGCCGUUCAUGAGAAGCAUCACGUGGUCUUCCAUCAUCCACAACUUCCUCAUCUCCGCUCGUCACGUUCCCGGCCACCUUAACUCAGUGGCUGAUUCCCUCUCUCGCUUCCACUUCCAGACAUUCCGGAACCUCUGCCCAGGAGCCAGCGCUCAACCCGUCAGGAUUCCUCCCCUGCAUCUCCUCUCUCUCUUCUAA